CAAGACGAAGAAGAAGUAAGGGCGCCAAGGCGGGAAGGCAGCAAGCAAAGUCUGCGGGAAAACGCCACUCUGGUCUCGGCGGGUCUUACCCAAACAAUUAGUACCCAGACGUUGACGUUUAUCGCGGCUAAGUAUGUCCCGGUGAUAGGAACGAGUUGUUUGUCUAGUUACGCCGCUAUUCUCGCCCUACUCCACUUGACUCACCUGUUAGUUAACGAACUCAGCUCAACGGCAUGGCGACAAGGAAACCCACGGGAAACGAUGCCACCCUACCUUUCUCUGCACUUCAGCUCCUGGCCCCUCCAAUCCGAUUGGUGUCAGCGGCCGUCUGGAAGGUGAUGAAACAGAGGGAUGUGAUGCAGUAUGGGAUAUUAGAAGAGUUUGUGUCAUCAGCCUGUGAGACUGUCCCAGAGUUGCUCACCUUUAGACACCAGGGCAAGCUCACACUGGGACUGAGGGGACGGUUGAUCUUAGAGCUUUGCCGUGGUCAGGAACCACCAGAUCUCAAUUCACUCAGCCCACAUUUGGAGAGAAUCCGUGCUCCUUCUCCUGCCCCCUCUUCUUCUUCCUCACAGCAUAAACCGAAGAAGGAUCUCAAAAUUGAAAAGACUAUUAACCACUUCCACAAGUUUGUUCGGAUCCUGUUAAGGGAUCCUACUGAAAGAGAACACUUCUUCAAGGAGCAGUUCCCCAUAGAGUAUGGUCAGAAAUUUGACCAUGAGCUGGAAAAGCUGCUGUGGGAGUUUCUGAUCCGACUAGACAAGCUGCUCCCAGUCCCUAACCUUGCUCAGACAGUGUCUUGGCUGAGUUGUGCCCCUCCUGUCCUGGAGGAAUGUGCACGGGCAGCCACCCAGCCUCAGCUCCUGAACAUCCUCCUGCAGCACCAGAUCUGUCUCGGCCAUCUAGAAACAGCUGCAUCCCUCCCUCCAGGAUUGGGGGACUCCAUCCUGACCUCACUUUCUCUCCCACCCUCCGGAAAUGUUCCUUCAAAUCAAUCAAGCGGAUCUGAAGCGCAGUCUGUGGGUGAGCCUGAUGUGUCCAGUCCAGCGCCAGAGACCAGUCAGGCAGAAACAAGAGACCAGACAGUGUUAAUAAAGCCAGUAAUUAGGCAAAUAUCCAGUGAGGAUGUGCCGGUCAUGAUUUCGACCAAUACAACAAAGUCGAGGAGUGACCUCCUGGCAAACUCACAAGAUUCAACAGAUGAGGAACUGGAAAUGCCAGGUAGCUCAAAAUUUACUCGGGUCAAACCGAGGCAGGACUCCAGACAGGAAGAGAUGAGCGAGCACGAUGAACAACUCAUAACUGAGAGCGUCACACCAAACAGAGGUCAAGUAACGAAAUACAAGCAGACUGAGAGAAAAGAAAGUGAAUCUGAGGAGGAGGAGAUGAUUAUGACCAACAUAAACAGGAAGAAAAGGCGGAAAAGGCAUGUGAGCAGCGACAGGGAGUCCGACAGCGAGAACAAUGGAACCCAUUCACCCCAGAUGGAUCUGGAAGGGCUGCAGCUACCAGAAAAUCUGGCCCUCUCCCCAAUUUUGAUGUCCUGUCUAUACCGGCAGCCCAGAGUUCUCAUUAGCCGGCUCACACCGAGUCAAGUUUGUAACAACGUGGAGAGCACUGAGGAGGAUUUGCAGUUGCAGGACAACACCAGGGAGUUACCUGACACACCUGUGAUAAGAAGAAACAUAAGAGUGAACCUCAGGAGACUUGAGUUGGAACUUCCUAGCUUAGACGAUAAAGAGAAUCACCUUGUAUUACCAGGUCAGAGAAGUUCCUCACUUCAGGGAAGGGAUGCAGAGACCUUUUCCAAGCCAAGAGACGGUGAAGACUUCAUAGGUGACUCGGAGGACGAGGCCACAAAGAACUUCAAAAGCAGGCUGUUUGUGAAGCGUUAUUUCAAGACCAAACACAACACCUACGUUCCCACGCUGAGGGAGUUCCUUAAGCCUUGGAUGGUCAGGAGGAAUCUGCUCUUACCCGAGAAGCGACGCAGAUGUCUGCAGAGAGGGAAAGCAAAACAAACCAACAGCCAAACAAACAACGUUUGAGUUUGAUUUUCUCUUCCGACCACUGAAGCAGUUACCCAGCCAAGACUCUGAAGUACCAGUCUCUUUUUGGGUUUUUUUUGGGGGGGGGGGGAUUUUUCUCCCCAACUGUACCCAGCCAAUUACCCCACUCUUCCAAGCCGUCCCGGUUGCUGC